AGUGUUUCUCGCUGAGUCCUCAAAGCAUCCCACAUCCACAGUUUAAGAAGCUACCUAUUUAAUACUGGAUUCGCCUCUUGAUCAUUUCUAUUCUGUCAUUCUCGCUUCCCACAUUCCCUCUUUUUCUCGCCGAGAUGAUGCUUUGGAUUGCCUCCCUUUUGGCAACUGCCAUCCCGUUGGCAGCGUCCUUCCCGACCUACGCGAUUCCAAAGGCAUUCACCAAGUCAUUCCUGGUGCAGGCAAGCUGUUCACUUCCGGAGGGUUUCGAGAUUCAUAAUUUUCAGACGUGGACUCCAGUUGAGGGGAACGACGAGUCUCUGGUUGUCCAGUUUGGCUACGUCGAUAACAGCACUGGCAUAAAUACAUCAUGCCAGCACAACUCGACCUCGAAGAAUGUUGGCAAGCCCGACCUUGCUCCAAGAUACGCCUGCGAUGAUCCUCUUGCCCAGUUCAUCUGGCAGAAUGAAAUCUUGACCAUGAUCGAGACGGCCUGCCCAGGGGCAACCGAGUCCCUUCAAUACGAGGCCUCCGGGUCUGUCAAGCCAGAAACCCAGUGCUCCGCUACGAGCUGCGAUUAUCCAUCUGGUGAUGGAACUGAGUGCUUGGCAGUCAAUACCGUCAUACAAGGGAACUUCACUAGCUUGCAGCCAUCCCCGCCGUAAAGGUGAAGAAGGGGUUCGGGAAUCGCGGCGGGAGGCGAGCAAUGUCCUGGGACAGUCUUUUGGAAGGGACCAUACAUAGAUUUCUCUUUCCUGGCAACGCAGUAAUAUUCGAGUAACUCCCGCACUGGGCGCAUAAUGACAGGCAAUCCCGUUAUCAGUGUUGUUCGGAAUGAGGCUUGCUUUAAUGGGUAAUGCAUUUUGCGGGGUGUUACAUCCCAGCCGCAGCGGCCCCUCCCUUGGCAUGGGACUUAACCUUCGCCUCUUCUCAACAUUCGUGCAUGUGGCUUGCUUGUUUCAACAAACCACCUGCCGCUUCCUCGUUUCCACAUCAUGUGCUCUCUAGGAAGCCAUCUCGGAGUCGCAUCUCACCUCCAAUGACCACGUGCCCGCAUUUAGCCACGAAAUAUGCCCUUCUGUUUC